AUGCUAUCCUCCUUCCCACUGGAGACAUUUGCCAGGGAGACGUCAUAUACGAUGCCCUCCAAGGCCACGUCCCACGCCAUCCUUAAUGUCGAAGUCGUGUAUCCUGAGAAGUCGGACGGGUCUCUCGCUACCGUCCUGCUGCACUACCCCGGCGGUUUCCUUGUGAGCGUUUAUCUAUUCCUGCUCGACUCCGCCGCAUGA